GGCCAUGUCAGGCUACAAGCCUAUCAGUGGCAUACACCAGCAUCUUUGCGCGUUUCAUGUCUAUGCACACGACCGCACGCGGCCUGUCGAAGCACAUCAUUUCUGCAAGCACCUAACCCCGGACAUGCAUCAAUGCAUAGUCUACGAUUCGAAUGACCAGAACGCAAGGCUCAUUGGUAUUGAGUACCUCAUUACUGAGAAGGUAUUCAACACGCUCCCUCAAGAAGAGAAGAGGUAUUGGCAUUCUCACAAGUACGAGAUCGAGAGUGGAAUGUUGCAACUGAUGCGUAACGACUUGCCUCCCGGCCCUGUCAAUGACAAAGCAGAACAGUCAACAAUGCUUGCACUUCACACGACAUAUGGAAAGACAAUACACACGUGGGCCAUAGACAUCUAUCCGGACUUGCCAUUGGGCGCUCCGCAAUUGAUGAUGUCAUAUACAGGCGAUGGACAGCUUGAUCCGAAAUGGCUCAAGGCUAGGGAUGAUAAGUACGGCAUGCCGACAGAAGAAAAGAGGAAGCUCCGUAAAGGCUACUUGCCGCCAUACGAGAAGGCACAAGGCUCUGAUGCCUGGGAGACUACAGGAAAGGGCGUUAUCUUUGACCCCGUUGAACAGACCGUCAAGUUCUGAACGGUGGAUCGGAGUAAUAAUCGUCAAGGGAUAGGAUGACAUGGAAUAUGGUAAAUGGAAGGCUUAACAAUAUCAAAUUUGUCUGUAGGAAUCAACCCCCACUCAAACUUGUCAAUAAAGAUUCACGUAGAG